AUGCCCCCGAGUGACAACGGCUUCGGUAGUCGCAGGGAAGACGGCACUUGGAAUGGAAUGGUUGGCCUCGUCAUCACCGGGGAGGCAGACCUCGGCUUGGGUCCUUUGGCCAUCACGGAGCCUCGCUGGCGUGUUGUGGCCUACUCGAAACCAGUCUUCAACACUGAUCUUGUGAUCCUGACAAGUAAAGGCAGCCUCGAGAUCGACCCGUGGGCCUUCCUGCUGCCGCUCACGCCCGCCCUGUGGGGCCUGUUGAUGGUUACGCUGGUGGUGGUGUGGGUGGCUACACUUUUGGUCGGACGCGUGGCCCAGGCUUGGCAGCAGUGGCCUCACAGUAUAUUCCUACAGCUUUACGGCGCCCUCAUGCAGCAAGGCGUGACCAUGCCGCUGAGUGGACAGCGGCUGCGGCUGGUGGUGGGCGGGUGGGUAGUGGCCUCCGCCCUGGUCGUAUGGAGCUACAGCGGCCUCCUGGUGUCCGUCAUGACCGUCCGGCACGUGCCACGACCCAUCCAGACCGUCAAGGAUCUUAUUGACGCCUCUCACAUUAAAGUGUUUACUAGAAGUAAAACAGCCUUUACUGACUUGAUGGCCGUGAGUUCCAUUGGUGUUUCCUUCUUGCCUUAG